UCCAACCCUUUUUUUAGGAUUAUGUAAAUAUAAAUACCCUAGCUAUCAAUUCAUUAAUAUAUAUUUAUUUGGCACAUAAUUUUGGGGCGGCGGCGGCGCGGCGCGGCGGGAGAUAUGGAAAUGGAUCCGACGGAGCUACGUCGGGUGUUCCACAUGUUUGACCGGAACGGGGACGGGAAGAUAACGAGAAAGGAGCUGAGCGAGUCGCUGGAAAAGCUGAACAUACACAUCCCGGAGAAGGAGGUGGUGCAGAUGGUGGAGAAGAUCGACGUGAACGGGGACGGGUACGUGGACAUGGAGGAGUUCGGGACGCUGUACGGGGCGUUGAUGGCGGAGAUGCGCGGCGGAGACGGCGGCGGGGAGGAGGAGGCGGAGGAGGAGAUGAGGGAGGCGUUCAACGUGUUCGACCAGAACGGGGACGGGUUCAUCACCGUCGAGGAGCUCAGGUCGGUGCUGGCGUCGCUGGGGCUGAAACAGGGGAGGACGGUGGAGGAUUGCCGGAAAAUGAUCGCCAAGGUGGAUGUCGACGGCGACGAUCUGUGCAUCCGACCGCCGGCUGCACUGAAGAUACGCCGGCCUCGUCUCCGGCAACGAGAAGCCCCGGGAGCAUCGGAGCCUCAUAAUAUGGACGCCACAAGUUCAAAAUUACUGCAGCUUCAGAAAGCGUUCGCCGAGCUUGAGAGUCACCGCGCCGUUGCUCUUAACCUGAAAUGGAAGCAACUGGAAGAGCAUUUUCAUGGCCUGGAGAAGUCACUGAAGAGGCGAUUCACCGAGUUGGAGGAGCAGGAGAGGGAUUUCGAGUCGAAAAUCGUUCGAUCCAGGGAGAUGUUGGAGAAACGCGAGGUGUCUGUUCUGGCUAUGGAGAAAACUUCUCUCGAAAGCCUCCAAGAGAAGAGAGACGCUGCGGUUUCUGCUAUUUCCAUUGCUCUAGAGCCAAGUGAUGCCGCAACCACAUCGAUUGACAUAGUAGUAGACUCUGGGAAACCUUAUGAAGAUGUAGAAGUGGAGAUCAAUUCGUCUUAUCCGGAGCUAGUUAGGUUAUGCAGAGAGAUGGAUUCAGAUGGACUGCACAAAUUUAUAUCUGACAACCGUAAGAAUUUGGCUGCCGUAAGGGAUGAGAUUCCUAAUGCUUUAAUGGCGGCAGCUGAUCCUGCCUCUUUGGUUCUGGAUUCACUCAAGGGUUUCUACAAUUCAUCAAUGUCAAAUUUGGAUGCUAAGAAAGAUGCUGGCCUUCUAGGAGUUCGAAGAACCUGUAUUAUGUUGAUGGAGUGCCUUAGCAUGUUAUCAAGUCCCAUCCCAGAAGGUAUUAAGGAACGAGCUAAAGCUAAAGCUAAAGAAUGGAAGCCAAAGUUAGAUGAACUUGAUGUUGAUGCCAUUCAUGGAAACUCUUUGGAAGCUCAUGCUUUCCUACAACUAGUUGCCACUUUCUGUAUUAACACGGAUUUUGAGCCGGAGGAUUUAGUCAAAUUGGUGCCUAUGGUUUCCAGGCGCCGUCAAAUAGCAGAUUUAUGCCGUUCCCUUGAAUUGUCAGAUAACAUGCCAGGUGUUAUUAAUGUGCUAGUUAAUAAUGGAAGGCAUAUAGAUGCCAUUAAUCUAGCUUAUGCCUUUGAGGUAACAGAGCAGUUCCCACCCAUUUCUCUACUGAAGUCUUAUUUGAAUGAAGCAAGCAAAGCUUCUCCCAGUAAAUGUGGAAAUGCAUCUCGCUCACAGAAUGAUAUCAAUGAGAAGGAGCUCAAUGCACUUAAGUCCGUGAUCAAAUGCAUUGAGGACCAUAAGCUCGAGCACCAGUAUCCCUUGGGCCCACUGCAAAAACGACUUCUCCACCUGGAGAAAGCAAAGGCGGUCGCCAAAAGGGGAACAGAAGUUGCAAAACCCCAACCGAAACGACCCCGCGCUAACGGUUUUGCAAACGGGCCCCGGUUCGCUAGCGUUGCCACUGACAUGAACAGUCCAAGAAUGACCGACAGGUACCCACCACAAUAUGCAGCAUAUGACCGACCAUAUGCUUACACCGGACUGGUCGACACCCGCGGUCCCACGUUCAGCGCUCCGGCUUAUGGCAUUCCUGUGCAUGGAAACUUCUUUGGAAAUGGGUACCAUUACCAGGCUCCUUACCUGCACUAAUUCAAGCUGCUUUUAUAAAGCUUUGACCCUCCC